CUAAUUGGUGAAUUGGUGACCAUAUUUCCAUGAUCGCGUACCCUUCCUAUUGCUUUAUUUUUCGCAGCGCUCCACUGUGAUUCCUUGAUCUUACUCCUGCACCAAAAACACCUUGACCUGGUAACCAAAAUCGCCAUUUUUAUACUUCACUGCUCAUAUUUUUACUCUCCCACGAUGAAAUUCUGCAUCAACUUCCAUCAUCAGCUGAGAUGAGCUUCUGGAAAGGAUUAACCGAUUCACUGAACUCGAUUUUCUCCAAUUCGGACCUGCUAUAUGAACAAAACAGUAACGGAAACCCUAAUUCUUUAAUUAAUCGGAACGAGAAAACAAUGGAAGUAGGUGUAGAUGGGGCUAAGGUUUCGAAUGAGAGAAUUGCUGGUAAAUUGAAAGGCUACUUUGAUUUGGCAAAAGAAGAGAUAGAUAAGGCUGUUAGAGCUGAGGAGUGGGGUUUGAUCGAUGAUGCAAUUUAUCACUACAGAAAUGCUGAGCGUAUAUUGGCUGAAGGUGCUUCAACCCGUCCUCCGUCGUUUAUCUCGUCGAGUGAACAACAAAAAGUGAAUUCCUACCAUCAGAAGAUAUCAAAGUGGCAGGGCCAAGUCUCUGAGAGAUUACGGGUCUUAAGUGCAAGAUCAGGUGGACAAACCACGAAUAAGAUUGCUUCUGUACGUUCACAAGGAGCUAAAGUCUUGUCAAAACCAUCAAACUUUAUGAAAGAUACUCAGCAGAGACCCUCAGUUGUUACUAGAAGCAGUUCACUUGCUAGAGAUAAUCGGACAGAUAAAAGUGGAGCGUCUAGAUCAAACCAAGAUACUGGUGGUCCUGAUGCCAAACUAGUGGAGAUGAUAAACACUGUAAUCGUGGAUAGAAGUCCUUCUAUUAAAUGGGAAGAUGUAGCUGGUCUUGAUAAGGCAAAGCAAACUCUUUUUGAAAUGGUUCUUCUACCUACCAAAAGGAGGGACUUGUUUACUGGUCUUAGGAGGCCCCCUCGAGGUCUGCUUCUUUUCGGUCCUCCAGGCAAUGGGAAAACAAUGCUUGCUAAAGCAGUUGCUUCAGAGUGCAAUGCAACAUUUUUUAAUGUGUCUGCAUCUACCCUUACAUCCAAGUGGGUUGGUGAAGGUGAAAAGCUUGUCCGGACCCUCUUUAUGGUUGCUAUCUCAAGGCAGCCUUCCGUAAUUUUUAUGGAUGAGAUUGACAGCAUCAUGUCUACAAGGGAGGCUAACGAGCAUGAUGCUAGUCGAAGGUUGAAAUCAGAGUUCCUUGUUCAAUUUGAUGGUGUCACCUCUAAUCCUGAUGAUCUAGUGAUAGUAAUUGGUGCAACUAAUAAACCACAGGAAUUGGAUGAUGCAGUUUUGAGAAGAUUGGUCAAGAGAAUAUACAUUCCUUUACCUGAUGAAAAUGUCAGGCGGCUUAUUCUUAAACAAAAAUUGAAGGGUCAAGCAUUUUCCUUGCCUGGUCAAGAUUUGGAAAGGCUUGUGAGAGAAACAGAGGGAUACUCUGGAAGUGACAUGCAAGCCUUGUGUGAAGAAGCUGCCAUGAUGCCUAUUAGAGAACUCGGUCCAAAUAUACUCACGGUCAAGGCUAAUCAGGUCAGACCUUUAAGAUAUGGAGACUUUCAGAACGCGAUGAAUGUGAUUAGACCGAGCUUGUCAAAGAGCCGAUGGGAGGAACUUGAAAGGUGGAAUAAAGAGUUUGGAUCCAACUAACUAUACCAUCUAUCUACACUGGUUAAAUUGUAUUAUUUCCUUCUUUCCGGUGAUUAUUUAUGUACAGCUUGUAAAUGAAUAUAAGGUUACUGAUUAUAUUAUAUACUAAAGUUGCAGCUUGUGCA